AUGGACGGUUCCAAGGAGACGCCACUUUCCAGCCACCUGGUCGAGGAGGAGGACGAAGAAAUACGGAAGUUGGAGAGGCGCGUCAGAUGGAAGACAGACUUUGCCAUCCUUCCGCUGCUGGCUUCGGUCUAUUUCCUGGCCCAGAUGGGACGUUCUGACCUGGCCAAUGCCAAAAUUGCCGGCAUGGAUGGCGACCUUGGCCUCACCGCCCAGAUGUACUCCAACGUCUCGAGCAUCUUUCUAGUCGGCUACAUACUGUUCCAGCUCCCUGGAACCCUCUUGCUGCGCAAGAUCGGGCCGCCGACUCAAUUCGCCGGCGCCAUGAUGGCCUGGGGCGUCGUCACAGCAUGCACCGUCGCGGCAGACGGCUACCCGACACUCAUGGUCCUUCGCGCCCUCGUCGGCGCCGCCGAAGCCUUCAUCCAGGGCGCCAUCCUCUACCUCUCCUUCUGGUACCGCUACUCGGAGCUGGCCACCCGCGGCGCCAUCCUCUACUCGACCGUCGCGCUCGCCGGCUCCUUCAACGGCCUCCUCGCCUACGCCAUCACCCGCACCCUCUCCAACGCCCGCGGCUGGACCGCGUGGCAAUGGAUCUUCCUCAUCGAAGGCGUCGUGCCCAUCGCCUGGGCCUUCGUCGUCUUCGCGCUGCUCCCCAGCACGCCGGAGCGCAUCCGGCUGGGCUUCAGCCCCGCGGAGAAGGACCUCGUCAUCCGCCGCAGCCGGGCGUCGCACAACUCGGGCGACGGCACCAUCCGGCCGCGCCUCAUCCUCAAGCUGCUGGCCGACCCCAAGAUGUGGAUGGUCACGGCCGUCGACGCCGGCGCCCACUUUUGCACGAGCUCGCUGUCCAACUUCAUCCCGGCCAUCCUGCAGGGGCUCGGCUACGCCGGCGUCGACGCCCAGCUCAUGGCCGUCGUCGUCUACGCCGCCUCCUUCGUCGGCAUCCUCACCUCGUGCUUCAUCUCCGACGCGCUGCGCAAGCGCGGCAUCGUCAUCGUCGUCGACGCCGCCAUCGCGGCCGUGGGCUACGUCCUGCUGCUGGUCUUGACUGACAACACCGCGAGGCUGGCCGCCACCUGUGUCGUUGCCGCCGCUGCGUACCCGCUUGUUGUCCUGAGCCUCGCGUGGACGGCGAGCAACAAUGUUGGCUACACGUUUCGUGCGAGUGCGGCGGCGAUUAUCAAUAUCUCUGCCCAGCUGGUGGCCAUCGGUGGCAACCAGGCGUUUAACGAUCCGCCGUACUAUAGGCAGGGGUUAGGGGCAUCGCUGGGCAUGAUUUGCAUGUCCGGUACCGUUGCGGGGCUGCUAAUGGUGUAUUUGAGGGUAUUGAACAAGAGGAAGGUGGAGGAGAGGGAAGGGGAGAAGGCGGCACGGUUAAGGGAGUGCGGUGUGGAUGAGGUAGGGAAUGAGCAUCCGGAUUUCUUUUUUUCGUUUUAA